CGUAUUGCAAUCUCAUUUUUGCGACUUUCUCCAGGUUGCCAUGUUGGUGGUGGCAAUGUGGUGCAAGCUGGAGCCACUUUGAGGGAAGGGGACCUCAAACGAAACAGCGUGGCUACUGUGGAAUCCAUUUAUGAUCUUGUAUACAGUGGCAAAGGGAAGAUGCCUGGAUACGGCACCGGUUGCACUCCAAAGGCAUCAUCUCCUGCUCUGCAGGGAAAGUGCACAUUCGGGCCGAGGCUAUCUGAUGAAGAGAUACAGCGGCUCUCCCAGUAUGUGGUGGACCAAGCUGCAGCUGACUGGAAGUAG